AUUUCAAUACAUUCGUACCUUAAUCUAAUUGACACAAAGUCGUUAAAAUAAUGUUUUUCCUUCCCCGCCGAAUAUUUUUGGUGUUAAUAUUAAUCAUAACGAUAAUAGAAAUUUCAGAACCACAUAAAUACAGAACAAAUGAAACACAGAAACGUAUAUGCCCCAAAAGUGAAAGGUACUGUAUCAUCAUCAUCAUCAUCAUCAUCAUCAUCAUCAUCAUCAUAACUACAUUUGCAAAAUGGCAAUAAAUUCAUACAUAGCACCAAUUCAUAUGUUAAACAUCUCAUUGUUCACAACCUGCUUCCCAAAUUCAGCUUCAUUGCCAUCUUUUAAACUAUCAUCAAAGUCUCUGAAUUCCACUCCUAUAAGAACAACAAUAACAACAAAACAUAACCUUGUUAAAUAUCACAGAGAAAGAACAAGAACAAGAGCAACCCUUGAUGACAUUGAAAAAGAUGAACUUUCCUCAACCCCACUUCUUGUUGAGGACGAUAAACCCAAAAGGGAAUUAGAGGAAAAUGUGAAAGUGCUAAAAAAUGCAGCUAAGACAAGAAAGGUACCAGCAGAGGAGAUUCUUUCUGCAUUGGCUUCCAUUGAGAAAGCAAAAGUUGAUCCUUCUGGUUUUCUUGACACCCUUGGAGGAAAGGAAUCCCCUGGGAGAACCUGGAUGCUAAUUUUUACUGCAAAGAAAAAAUUAGAUGGUGGCAGUUAUUUUCCUCUCACAGCUGUUCAGAGAUUUGAUGCCGCUGCAAAGAGGAUUGAAAAUGGUGUAUUUCUUGGACCUAUUGGACAAUUAACAUUUGAAGGCAGGCUUUCGUGGAAAAACAGAAUACUGUCUUUCAUUUUUGAGAAUCUUAAAAUAAAAGUUGGACCCUUAAACCCGCUACAAAUCAGCCUUGGGCAAAAGGAAGACCGAGAACCAAGUACCAAGGAUCCGUUUUUCAUCUGGUUUUAUGUUGAUGAGGAAAUAGCUGUUGCUCGAGGCCGGAGUGGAGGUACUGCAUUUUGGUGUCGGUGUAGUCGGAUAGAAAUUUGAUGCUUUUUACCUUCCUUAUAAAAAAAAGAUUCAUGUAGAUAAUUUGAUGCAGUUGAAGUCAUUCAGGUGAGUUAUUUAUUUGUACUUGGGUAUUGUAUGCAUAUAAUCCAGGAAACUGAAAUGUAUAUAGAUACUUUGAAUUAAAGUUUUUGUUUCAUGAUAUUUUAAUGAUGAUAUGCCAUGCCCCUUCUGUUCUGUAGAAAUUCGGGUGGGGCCAUUUAUGAGAAAGAAUUACACAGCAAUUAAAGUAAAGAGGGUUCAUAAAGUAGUAUAAGAAUAGGAAGCGAAGAAUAUUCUCCACCAGGUCCUGUUAGUUAUAUAUUGAACAAGUCAAUCUGAAUUGUAUGUUUCAGAAUGUGUUCAAUUGAAUGUAAUUUUACACAAUUUUGUUGUCAAAGUUAUAUUUACUACA